AUAGUGGCUUUAAAUUUGAUAACUAAUCACCAAGGUAGCAUUAAUGCAUUAUAUUCCAUUUUGGUUUGAACAAAUAAAAAAAUGGGAGCAACAACAACCAAAGUGUCAAUUUUUCUAAUCUUAUUUUCAGUGUCAUUUAGAGGUUUCAUCAAUGCAAAAGAUGAAUGUUUAGAGUUUGAAAUCAUUGAAGCCACCAUUGAAGAUUUACAAAAAGCCUUCACACUCACUCACCUCACUUCAAGAAAACUAGUUGACUUUUACUUGAACCGAAUCGAGCUUCUGAAUCCAAUACUUGGCGCUGUAUUGGAAAUCAACCCGGACGCGUUAGAUCAAGCAGACAAGGCUGAUCGUGAGAGACGACGAGAAGAUCGGAACCGUUCAUUGCUUCAUGGGAUUCCUGUUUUGCUUAAGGACAGUAUAGCUACCUUUGAUAAACUCAACACUACAGCAGGGUCGUUUGCUUUGCUUGGAUCAAAGGUUCCACGUGAUGCGCACGUGGUUUCUAAGCUUAGGGAUGCUGGUGCUAUUAUUCUGGGAAAAACUAGUCUUUCUGAGUGGUAUGGGAUUCGUUCUCAUACUAUGCCAGAAGCUUGGUGCGCCAGAGGUGGAUUUGCUUUGGAUCCUUAUGUGGAGUCUAAAAGUCCAUGCGGGUCUAGCUCUGGAUCUGCCAUUUCAGUGGCAACAAACAUGGUUGCAGUUUCUUUGGGGACAGAAACUGAUGGCUCCAUUAUCUGUCCAGCAGAUCACAACUCAGUAGUGGGGAUCAAGCCCACAGUUGGACUCACUAGCAGGGAUGGUGUCAUACCAAUUUCACCUCGUCAAGAUACUAUUGGGCCAAUAGGCAAGACAGUUUCGGAUGCAGUUCUUGUGCUUGAUGUAAUUGUUGGGUUUGACCCAAGAGAUUAUGAAGCUACAAAGUCAGCAGCUAAGCUUAUUCCUUCAGGUGGUUAUAAGCAAUUCCUCAAUAAACAAGGGCUCAAAGGAAAGAAAAUAGGAGUUCUGAGGAAUCCAUUUUUGAUUCCUUACAAGGGAUCCAAUGUCACUUCCAUCUUUGAGGAUCAUCUCAAUUUGUUGAGAGAAAGAGGUGCAACAGUGGUGGACAAUUUGGAAGUUGAAAAUUUAAGCAUAGUUUUGGACUCUUUUCAAAGUGGUGAAAUGAUAACCUUACUUUCAGAAUUCAAGUUAUCCAUCAACAAAUAUUUGCAGGAGCUCAUUUAUUCUCCAGUCAGGUCUCUAGCUGAGAUUAUAGAAUUCAACAUCAACAACCCCAUUUUAGAAAAGACUAAUGAGUAUGGGCAAGAUCUUUUCAUGGCAUCAGAAAUGACAAAUGGCUUUGGCAAAACUGAAAUUGAGGCAGUGAAGAUGAUGCAUCAAUUGUCAAAAAAUGGGUUUGAGAGGCUUAUAAACAAUAAUCAAUUGGAUGCAUUGUUGACCAUUGGCUCAGAUGUUGCACCAAUGCUUGCAAUUGGAGGGUAUCCUGCAAUCAGUGUCCCGGCUGGGUAUGAUAACCAAGGAAUGCCAUUUGGAAUAUGUUUUGGGGGGUUAAAGGGAACUGAACCAAAAUUGAUUGAAAUUGCUUAUGAUUUUGAGCAAGCUACAAGGGCAAGGAGGCCACCCCCUCGUUUCUAAUUCACUGGAGAAAUAUUUUGAGUGCUAUAUACCUAACUGACUUACUGAUGGAUUUGUGGUGAUUGUAAAAUUUGAAUUCUAUGAAGCAUAAAAACGACAUGGACACCGGACACCGACACGAUCACACCGAUAAUAAUUUGAGAAAAUUACAUAAUUACAUAAUUUAGUAUAGUCAUAAGUGUCGGUGUCGUGUCGGUGUUCAACACCAACACGGCUAAUAUGAGGAGUAUCUAUGUUUCAUUGGAUUUGAUUAAUAAAAGUUUUUCACGUUAAUGUAUAUCAUUUACUUUGUCGAUUAUCCUGAAGGUGUGAAGGGUUAUAAGUUGUAUAGGACGUCUCACUCGCUACACUUGCUCAAAUCCCCUCCCAUUGCCCCUCUUCGUUGUCUAAGAGUCAUACUCAAUUAUUAUAUUUCAUUUUUUACGGGAAAAAAGAAA